GCCGGCGUCGGACGUCGUCACAUUAUUAUUUCAAUUACCACACAUUAUUAAUAAAUGAACGCAUUAUUAUUUUAUUUAUGAAUCAAAAAGUGACAUUUGAGGACUCGAGUGACAGUGUAUGUGACUGGUAGUACGAUAAGAAUAUUCUGGUGCAAUUGAGUUUUUAGGAAUUAUUUGACAAGUGCGCUUGUGUUUUGUGUUGUAUUUAUUAUGCGAAUGGAUUGCUGCCGCUACAAAAUAGUCUGACACGAGAUAACCUGACAGUUCAGCAUAUCGGCCCAAUGUCGGUGUUAAAGGCGAAUUCGGCCUAAUAAGCGGUAGAAUGAGAUCAGGAGACCUGAAGCAGUGCAGUCUGAAAAAGUACGAUGACAAAAGUGCGCUCUAACAACAUAAUGACGAUGAAAAAGAAAAUAGAGACACUCAGAUUAGAGUUAACCUGACAAAUGUUGCUAUCAGUGGUGCGAAAACUGUUGUGAUUAAACUUUUUAGUGAUAGUGAUGUUAAUAAAACUGGUAAUAUUCUAGUGUAGUGGGACUAGGUGAUGCUACAGUAGGAGUCUGAAUAAUGCCUGAUCGGGAGUCAGUAGGGGGUCCUGGGACUGCGGGCAGCGCUGGAUUUCUACCACUACAGUUUCCGUCUGCGUUCGCCGCUUUUCAUGCGGCAACCCCUCCUGGAGUACCAGCUUCGGCCAUGCAUCACGCCACACACUACCAUCAUCAUGCACAACUGGCAGCUGCGGCAGCGGCAGCGGCUGGUGCGACCAGUGAGCUCAGCUACCUUGCUGCUCUCCACCCUGCUUAUCGGCCUGUGCCGUACGACCAUCCACUUUACGGUGCCAAUACUUUACGAGGCUUAGAAUAUUUGAGUGCAGCCAGGAGUUUGCAUCCGGAACUUCAUGCGGGGAGUACUCUAGCAAGCCAAGAAUUCCAACUAAGUUUAGAAGGAUCCCGAAUAGCGUCCCAGAAUCGUCUAAGGCUAUCGGGUGGUGCAAUAAGCGCAUCUGCUAAUAGGAAGAGGGCGGUAUCCUGGAGCCCUUAUUCUGCCGAGUCGUUAGACCUGGCUGCUGUGAUACGAGCGUCGCCUGCUAGUUUAGCAGUUAGAGCACCUUCUGCUGCAUCGACUGGAAGCUAUGGACAUCUUAGUGCAGGUGCCAUAUCCCCAGCACUGUCGCUCUCGCACGCGUCCCUGGCACAACAACUGCUGGCGCGUGGAGGCAGUGGCGUCAUACCUGGUGGAGUUCUGCUGGAUCCGGCUCAUCAGCAGGCGGCCGCGGCGGCAGCGCACCAUGCAGCUCAUGCGCAUCUUGUGGCGGGAAUCCAUAGAUCUCACAUAUCUUCGCCAACGCAGUUGUUAAUAGGUGCGCCGGUGGACGUUAGACCUGGUCUCGGUAUGGACGGAACCUCUCAGCACAUGCAGCAACCACAUCAGCAACCUGAAAUCACCAGUGUCAUGGAGGCAGAUAGUGCAUCGACAGCUCUCAACCAACGCAAGUCGCCGCAGGUCCUGAUGUCUCAUCGCGACAACAUGAAUAGCAAUAAACCCUUAUCAGCAGCAGCAGAGAGCACAGUGCACGACGGCUUAGAUUCUAAAGAUGAGCCCGGAGAUUUUAUUGAGACCAACUGUCAUUGGGUUGACUGUAAAUUGGAGUUCCCGACCCAAGACGACUUGGUGAAGCAUAUCAACACGGACCACAUCCACGCCAGCAAGAAAGCGUUCGUGUGCCGAUGGGUUGGAUGUUCGAGAGACGAAAAGCCUUUCAAAGCCCAGUACAUGCUUGUGGUGCAUAUGAGACGGCAUACUGGCGAAAAGCCUCAUAAAUGUACUUUUGAAGGUUGCUGCAAAGCGUAUUCACGACUUGAAAACCUGAAGACCCAUUUGCGAAGUCACACUGGAGAGAAACCAUAUACCUGUGAAUAUCCUGGAUGCGCGAAAGCAUUCUCCAAUGCCAGUGAUCGAGCAAAGCAUCAAAACAGAACCCAUAGUAACGAGAAACCAUACGUUUGCAAAGCUCCAGGUUGUACCAAGAGAUAUACGGAUCCGUCUUCCCUCCGCAAGCAUGUGAAGACUGUCCAUGGUGCAGAAUUCUACGCCAGUAAGAAACAUAAAGGAUGCAGUCGGGGUGAUGAUUCAGCCGAAUCCGGCGGCGGUGGAGCAGGAUCCUCGCCGCGAUCAGAAGAAGGUGGUAUUUCUAUGGGAGUCAGAGGUCACACGUCCUCUGCCUCUGUCAAGAGUGAGAGUCCAGCUUCACCUUUACCUCAUGGCCUACAUACGCCAGCUCAUCAGUUGUCAGCGCAAUGUGGUGGAGAACUGGACUUUGGUGUAUCAGGUCUCGGUGGCUUUAGUGAUGAAAAUGGGGCUCCUUACUUCAGAUUGGACGGCGAGGUGGAACAAGAAGUAGUUGGAGAAGUGGGACAACUGCCUCUCAUGUUGCGUGCGAUGGUAGCAAUAGGAGAACCACGGGCGCACCAUCACAUGCCACGGUUCGGGAACAAGAUGGGAUUGGGAAGACUUAUGCCACCAGUGCACGGAGCCGAUAUCGGUGGUGGUGGUAUACAUGGAAGGACUGAUAUAGGAGGUACAAAUGUAGCAGUAGAACUAAAGUCUGGAGUUCCCAACACGAGGCGAGAUUCUGGAAUAUCUUCCGGCAGCAGUUUGUACAGUGCCAGAUCGUCAGAUAUCUCUCGCAAAAGCAGCCAGGCGUCAGUGGUGUCGGGUGCAGUGGUGACAACUACAGGCGUUGCCGGGCAACAAAGACUAGUUUCGCAGCACACAGCAAUCUAUGACCAACUGUCUCCUGAUAGCAGUCGAAGAUCUAGUCAAGUAUCAUGCGUGGGAUACGCUCCACCACCGUCGUCGGCAUUAGCUGCGGUUCAAGCUGUCAGAACUUCUCAAGGCAAUCAGGCUGUACUGCUUCGAGGUGUUACAUGUUCGGAAGUCAGAGCUGAAGAGUUGGCUUUGGAACUCGAUCCUAAUGUACAAAUAAAGGAGGAAGCCAGAAGAUUGUCAGAGCAGUCAAACCUUAGUGACCAGGCCCAGGGUUACCAGCCUUAUCCAUGUAACAAUGAUGAUGUGGGUGAUGCUCCUUUUCCGUUCAAAACAGAGGAUGAUCAUGAAAUAACAUACAAAGAAUCUCGAUCCAACUCUACAAACACAGUGGUCAUCACCACAGCACAAGUUCAUCACCCAAACCAAGAAGUCAAUCUGGAACAGGUCGCUGAAGGAGAGAUGGUGGAGAACAAGCUGGUGAUACCAGAUGAAAUGAUGCAAUAUCUUAACCAAUCAAUAUUGGGAACCGACUCGGUAACACCAGCCAAAACGGAAUCUAGCAAUCCCGACACAGAAGGAGUGAACAACGAAAAAGAUACGACAGCCAAAGACAUUUUAACCAGUGAAAUUCACAACACGAAUAAUUCCAGUGACAAAAUCAGUGAUGUCGCGACGAGUGACGAUUCCCUUCUCAAAAAUCUAGGUGCCAUAGGAAGUGAUCUCAACAUAAGUGAUAUUCAAGUUGAUUUAAGGUCAUUAGAUGUUAGUAUGUCUGGAAACAGUGGCUCUCUAUUAGCCUCAAAGUCUUUAGAUGAUAAGAACCCCCCUCUUCAGGAACAAGUUAUUCCUGAAGUCACUCCAGAAAAAUGUGAACAAGAAUUCUCAAAACCCCCAACAAGCAAUAUAGUAACGAACAAUCCUUUGCAAUCGUUACAAACUAUGACCGCAAACCAAACCGAGCAAUCCACUAGGAUGAGAGUCAAUAACCCCCUACCUCAAAAGCCUGCUAUAAGUCCAAAAACUGUUGUCAUGACACAAACAAUCAUGAGUCCUAGUUUAGCACAUAGCAUGUUAAGUCCCCAGAGUCUACCGCAUAGCUCAAUGAGUCCACAGAGCAUAAGAAGUCCGCAACACAUGCCUCAAAGCAUUAUGAGUCCUGCCAGUGUAUACAAUGUCAUGAGUCCGCAGAGUGUAAUGAGCGUCAUGUCUCCACAGCACAAUGCGAUGAGCCCGCAGAGUAUGCAAAGUUUAUUGAGUCCUCAGAUGCCUAAUCAAAUGAUGAUGAGUCCCCGACACAACAACAUUGGAAGUCCUCAUUCGCAGAACAUCGCUAGUCCAAUGAUGAACAUGGCAAGCCCAAUGACUCAGAAUAUAGCCAGUCCUAUGAGUCAUGGUAUGCCAAGUCCGAUGCAUCCAGGACUACAAAGUCCUAUUACAAGUCCCAUGGUACAAAAUAUGUCCAAUAUGACAAUGAACGUGCAACAUGGCCAAAACCAAAAUCCAAACAUGAUGAUGAAUAUGAAUCCAUCUCAGCAAAUGACGGCAGCUCCUCCAUAUAAUAACCGUCAGAACUGCCCGGCAAAACAUCCUAACAAAAACUUUAACAAUGUUCCUAAUCAAUACCAAAACCAAAAUUACGGCCAAGCUCCACCUUAUCCGAUGCAAAAUCAAGUCAAUGUUAAUAUGAGAAGCCAAAAUAUUCAACAAUACCAGAUGAUGCAACAAUACAAUCAGAAUCAGUCUCAGAUCCAAAUGAUGCCAAAUAAUCAUCAAAACAUUAUAUAUAAUAAUCAGAUGACAAAUUACGUACAAUCUAUGAACUAUCCAAAUCAAAAUGCUCAGAUGCAUCCUAUGCAGUUGUCCAGAUCUUCAGUGAUGAGUGUGGAUAAUAGUGGGAACAUGAGUCGUGGUGCCAUGAACAGUUACUGCGAACAGCAGAAUGUAUGUCCUCCAAUGCAAAACGUUCAAUACAACCAGAACAUACAAUAUCCUCAACCACCACCGUAUAAUUCAGUGGCGAAUUCCGUCAACGUAAUGGGCCCACCGCCACCAAAGAAUAACCAUCAGUACAACCAGGCUAUGAUGAAUAAUAACCAAUAUUACAACCAUCAGAGAUCUUACAACCAGUGGGACUAUCCAGGCAAUCAAUUCAACAAGCACAAUAUGCAAAAAUCCGGGCAAAAUUCAGUCAAUAUGUCAACUGGGAGUCAGAAACCUACAAACGGUGCGAGAGUGCCUAUGAAUUGUAAUCAGAUGGCCAAAAAUAAUGGGGAACAGCAAGCUGACUGCAGUAUGAAUAGCUUGAGAAGCCAAACCAACCAAGCUGAUGUUCAAGUUUGGGACAUUUCUCAGUCCCAAAUAGAGGCUACAAACGGAAGAAAGAAGAACCAAAACACUAUGCGCCAGGAGACAUAUCAGAGGACUUUGGAAUACGUGGAGAAUUGUGAGAAUUGGAAGAGCUCUGAAAUGGUUUCUAGUAGCACACAUCCUCUACAGGGCGGAGACAAUAUGGUUGUGAACGAUCUCCAAACUUCUUUAUCUUCGUUUUAUGAAGAAAAUCAAUAUUUGCAGAUGAUACAAUAGUGUUUAAGAUUACAGUUGUUUUGAUACGCUUCUUUCUUAACUAGGUGAGCGAUGCUGUGAUGCUAUGGAAUAUAAAUAGAAUUAAUGACAAAUCAUUCUAUUGCAUCACUUCCACCGAUGGACUAUAGCGGCUAGAUAUAGCCCUUUUCUAGGGAUUUCCAAAUCGAAGGGCCUCGUGCUGCAGUACUGUAAUCUGCCCUCGGCCUCAUCCGCGUAGACUAUCUUUAUGACGCGAACUUUUUAUAUGCGAACUUUGACGCGUGAAAAACAGAAGAACUAUAACACUUAUAAUUAGAAGGGUAUAAUGGGAAAGGAAUCAAUCACUUUCUUACUAAUUUGAUAUUUCCACCAAAAAGAAAUAUAUCGAUUAAAAUAAAAACCCUUAAGGUACUUUUGUAGCAAACAUCGAAUUCCCUUACUCAUGUUAGGUAUAGAGUUUAUAGCUAAGUUAGGCUUUAAAUCUAUCCCGUAGAGACAUGAAUUUUUCGUAUAUAAAGAGUACCACUGCAACAUAUCUUCAUUUUUCUUUUAUAAAAAGUUGGGGUCUUAACGGUUCAUAAACCAUUUCAGUGAAGAAUAUGAAAAUGAAAAAGAGCUUUGUGUGUCAUAAAAGAAAAACAAAUCGGAAUCAAAAGUAAAUAUUAAAUCAAGCUUAUGGUUUGUUGCUUUCUAAAGGAAGGAUAAAUCGAGAAAUACUUCUUCGUAUUUAUAAUAUUUAGUAGGGUUUGUAUCGUUACAAUUUCCACAUAUAAUCGGUUAUUUCGAAAUUUUAGCAUUGCAAAUCGCUCGCUUAGUAUCAUCAUACUAUAUUUUAAUUUUUUAAGUCAAUAAAUCGGAAUGGUGCAUAAAUAAUGCUCCAAGAGACUGAUUAAUUUUAAAUUCUAAAUUUACUUUGUUAAAUUACAUAAUUGUAACAAUAAAAAGACACGUAUCGUACACAUUUUAACCAUUGUACAUAAUGUAAACAAACUUCUGACGAAUGUCUUCCAUUUAUUAAGUACAGUAAGAGAAUGUUGCAUUUCUAUGUGAUUUAAAUGCCUCAGUAAUAUGUAAAAUUGUAGAUAAACGAAUGAAUUUAUUAUGUGCCUUUAUAUAGAUUAAAAACAAGAUUUCACUGGUGCCUUUUCUAACGUAAUUUUUAGACAUUUUUAUAAAUAUGACUGUAAGUUUCCACUGAGAUUAUAAAAUAAAUUUAACUGUACAAACUAGCAAUGUUUUUUAGAAUUUUUACAAAUGUUAAUUUUAGAUUAGAUAUUUUAAGAUCGAUUUUAUAGCGUAAAUUUAGUUUCAUAACGCAAUACGAAGCAAUGUUUCGGUGACAUCGAAUCUCCUAUUUUAGUGUUUUAUCAUGAGAUUACUAGGUUAAGGUAUAAUUGUUAAUGUUUUUUUUUAUUUAAAGACAAAUGAACAACGCACAAAACUAAAGUGUAAUAGAUUAUAGUGACAUUGUAUUUUGUAAUAAAUUAUUGUU